UCAAUAACAAAGUACGAUUUGCAUCGUAAAUUGUGUUACGCAAAUUCACAUUAAUAUUUCACGCACUUUUUUGAAAACAUUACUCAUUCUUUUGUCGAAUUAUUAAAAUUGAGAUCCACUUUGUUACUACAUUUACAUCUUUCGCGCGUGUGUCAAGAAUUAUAAUGGAAUUAUUAAAUUUGUAUUUUGUGUGCACAUCUACACAACUAAAUUCUAAAUCAUUUUUUUAAUCAAGUGUGGCGUGAUUAAAACAAAAAAAUAAAUUUUGAUAUUAUAUUUUCUGGCUGCAUCUUUCAUAUUUAUUAGGUGUUAUGUUAUUAAGAAUCAAAUUGCGCUUUAUAUGAUAGAGAUAAGUAAUUCCAAAUAAUCGCGCCAAUCGACAGUACCGACAUCUAGCGUCGAUAUUUUAUCGUCCGUGUCAGCCCAUACAUAUUUUUAUUGUGUGUGUUGUGUGUUGUCAAGUUGUUCGUUUUGCCCUCAUUUUCUAUUCCUGGCUCUCAUUGGGGUCUCAUAUUAGUCAUGUCGAAUCGGGUAUCGAUCGAAUAUCAUUAAUCAGAAAAGAUCUGCUUUUUUCUUAAACGAAUCUUGAACGUUUUCUGAGUGUGAGUUUAAAGAAUAUUUUAUGAAAAACAGUCUCUCGUAAUCAUCUUUCACCUCGACAUUCGACGGUCGACGACCUGUCCAAAAUAUAAAGUUCGGUUUUAGCUACAUUCAGAAGACUCAACGAUUGUAUAACCGCGAUUGGAUCGCGCGAACUCUGUGGCGUAAUCACCGCACGAAUAAAUUGGUCAUCUCCAUCGGCGCACGACUCCACGUUCGGUCGCAUGAUAUUGUCGGCCGGAAGUCACGUGUAACUGGUUACCCCGCGACUUUUGAAAAUGUAUGAAAACCUGUUCAAGAGUCCGCUCCACCGUGUGUUCGUAUACGGCACGUUGAAACGGGGCGAGCCAAAUCAUGGCCUUAUCAAGGACACCGCAAAUGGCUAUGCCAAAUUCCUAGGCCUUGGCAGGACGACGGUUCCAUAUCCUCUGGUGAUUGCCACGAAGUAUAAUAUCCCGUUCCUGUUGAAGAAACCCAAUACCGGCAAUUAUGUAUUUGGAGAGAUAUACGAUGUGGAUUCCAAGAUGCUGACGAAAUUGGACGAAUUGGAAGAACAUCCCCAGUUUUACGAGCGGACGGAAGAAAAGGUUUUACUGGCGCCGGAGGCUGCACUUAAACCUGGAAAAAAUUUCAAAGAGGUCGGCGAAUUGACGAAAGCCUGGAUAUACUUUCUACCGAAAUUCAAGUCUUCUCUGCUGGAAGGUGCUAUGUACGCGUCUUACACCAACAAUGGAAGUCACGGGUUGAAGUAUUGCGAGAAGUAUGUCCGUGAUCCGUCCUACGAUCACAGAAAAGAGGUGCAAUAAAAAAAUUAUUGCCGGCGACUUUUCUCUCUUUGCAGCGACGAGGACGCGUCGAGUCUCAACGAUGUUCUUUGAAUAUCCGAUCGAGUGCGCAAUCACGGCUUUCUUUCACGUUGUAUCGUUAAUCCUCAUGAAUUCGAGGAGAUUAAGUGACGGCAGCAGAAGAUAAUGAGUGAUUUAUAAGGCUGUUUUGUACACAUAGCGCAAUGUUAAAGUUAUAUUUUUAAGAAAGUAACUCCAUCUUUUCCGAACCAUUAUAUAAAUAUAACAAUUAGGAGUUAUUUUUAAAAAUUAAUUUGUUACUCAUUAGCCAUUGGAAAAAAAUAACAGUUGCUCAAGACGUAUUAAAUCGUUACAUAGGGCCUGUUCGCGUUACUUGCACUUUUCGCACUCGACAUCUUUGCUUUCUCUUUCUCCAGUGCUCGAGUAUAUAUUUAUCUCGUUUAAGGUGCAAAAAAUUUUGGAGAUUUCAAGCAACGUGAACAAACCUAAUGUCUGUUAUUUUUCACCAAUUUUCAUGAUCUUUUAGAAUAGUAUCGAUCGCAUUGUUUUCAUACAAAGAAUUGUUUCUUAGAAUUUACUUUAUUUAAAAUCACGUAGGACAAUGAAUAUCGGAGAAUUUUAUUAUGAUUAUAAUAAAAUAAUAUAAUAAAAAGCAAAAAGUAAAAUUAUAGAAUUAUAAAAAAUUUUAUUACCAUUAUAAUAAGUUUUACUAUAUGUGUGUGGGCGCGCGUACGCCCACACACACACACACACACAUAUAAUUAUAGUAAAAUUAUUCAAUGUCCACGUUAUCUUAUAAUUGUCGUGAUUUUGAGAGAAAAUUCUAUGUAUAUCGCUAAUUGAACACAAUUUGCGAUGAUAAAGACGCAUCAAGUUUCAACGAUGUUCUUUGAAUGCCUGUUAAGUGCGUAAUCACGAUAAGCACUUUUUCUCGUGGUACCGUCAAUUCAACAUAAGAUUUAUAAUAUUUAUCAAUUAACUGUACCAUAAUCAAAUAUAGCUCCCUUUCAAAACUAUUGUUCACAAAACAUUCCAUACACAUAGAUACAGUAACAUCGUUACUGAAAAAAGUAAUUGUAAUAGUAAUGAUAUAGAAUGUAAUAGUUACAAAUAAUGCGUUAAUCUCAAACUUAAAUAAUUAUAUAAAUAAUUUAUACAUGUAUAUAAUUUAUAUUUGUAAUGUAACAACCGGUUUUGUAAUAACAACGAAAUAAUUUAUUUUUUCAAUCUUUCAGCAAAGAGAAUUGGCAGUAACAUAUAAAAUGGGAUUUUGUAAAUAAAGGAGCGGAAGAAAUUAUAAGA